AUAAAAAUACCCUUACGAUAAAGUCAAAAGCAAUCGAAUAAUGUUUACAGAUAAGAGAUUCUCUGAACGGAAGUAAAUUAACAAAUGCAGUGAUGUAAAAUGGCAGGUUCCGCAUUGCUUGUGGUUGCGUUUGACUUUGGUACAACAUACAGUGGCUAUGCUUUCUCGUUCCGGGAUGACCCUUUAAAAAUACAGACAAAUCAAAAGUGGAUCGCUGGAAGCGAUCAGCUUAUAUCUUUGAAAACACCAACUUGUGUCCUUCUCGAUCCAAAUGGGCAGUUUGACUCGUUUGGAUAUGAAGCAGAAAAUCACUUUGCUACCCUUGUCGAAGAUAAAGAGCACCAGGGCUGGCGUUUGUUUCGUAGAUUUAAAAUGAUUCUUCACAACAAUAAGGAUCUAUCAAGAUCGACCACCGUUGAAGAUAUAAACGGUAAAUCAAUACCAGCAAUGACGAUCUUUACAAUGUCAAUAAAGUAUCUCAAAAAACAUUUCACUGAGGCACUCAACAAACAAAAGACCGGCAUUGUUGAUGAGGACAUACAAUAUGUUAUUACUGUACCUGCCAUAUGGAAUGAUAAUGCCAAGCAGUUCAUGCGUGAAGCAGCAGAAAAUGCUGGCAUAGAAAAAGCACGUCUAAAACUGUCUUUUGAACCAGAAGCAGCGUCUAUUUGGUGUCAGACAAUUUCUACAGAUGUAAAGGAGACAUGGUCUAAAGCAGGGAGACAAUACAUGGUGAUCGAUCUCGGAGGUGGUACUGCAGAUAUAUCAGUGCAUGAGAAACAAAUCGAUGACACAUUAAAGGAACUCCAUAAAGCAAGCGGUGGUCCGUGGGGAGGAACAGUUGUUGACAACAACUAUUUAGAAUGGUUGACCAAGAUAUUCGGGAAUACCACAAUGCAGAGAUUUAAAAACGAGCAAAUGGAAGACUACUUUCAACUGCUUAGAGAUUUCGAAAUAAAAAAGAGAGGCAUCGGUCCCGAGUCAAAGGGGAAAAUAACAUUCAGACUGUCUGCAUCGAUGAAAGAGCUUUAUCAGGAGGAAAGUAACAGAGUUCCAUUAGAGGAAAAAAUUGACCAGCUGGGGUUGUCGGGUAUGGUUACAUUAACCAGCGACAAAAUGAGAGUUGAAGUUUCUGUCAUUAAACAGUUGUUUGAGACUCCGAUUCAUUGCGUGAUUGAACAUGUGCAACAGAUAUUUGCAAAGCCAAAUAUGCAAAAAGUCGAAACAAUUCUUUUAGUUGGAGGGUUUGGCGAAUGUAAAUUAGCCCAAAACCUAAUACAGAAAGAAAUAAAGAAAAAGAAAAUAAUUAUACCGGAAGAAGCAGGUAUUGUUGUCCUCAAAGGUGCUGUACGGUUUGGACAUUUUCAGGGCAUUGUACGUUCGAGAAUAAUGGCCCAUACGUACGGAUUGUCUGUUUGUACAACUUUUGUCGAGCAGAAACAUAAAAAUGCAGAAGUAAUAUUCAUAGAUGGUGUGAAAGAAGCGUUAAAUAUAUUCACGAUUAUGAUACGAGCUGGAAAAGAAGUAAAUAUUGGGGAAAUUAUUUCUACAGGUCCACUCACACCAAUUUACCCUGACGAAACGAACAUUAUUGUAUAUUGUACAGAAGAAAUUGAUCCUGAGUACACAACAGACAUUGGCUGCAAACACAUUGGAACGCUAAUAGUUAAACAUUCAAAUGGCAAAUCAAAAGCGGAUAAUCAAAUAAAAGCCUCGUUCAUAUUUGGUGAUACUGAACUUCUCGUGAAAGCUGUUAACAUCAGAACGAAAGAAGAAUUUUCUACGUAUAUGGACUGUCUAUAAAAAGUGUAUACAUAAAACACAGUCUUUCUAUUCUACAAAUGAAUAAUACUUUAGCAUGCAAUUUAUUGCAAACGUUGUUAUGAAUGCAUAUAUUACAUAAUUUCAAAAAGUUGUUAGAAAUGAAUAAUUUGUCCCUAGUAAAAAAAGUUGUGAUGAUAUAGUUCUCAUAUUGUAUGAUAGUCAAGAAGAAACAAUUAAUCCAAUAUUUCAGCCUUAAACGUGAUCUGUAGAAUGACGUUUUCCAAGCAACGUUUGAGGCGUAAUACAUAUUAUUUUUUUUUAAGAAUGGAUCACAGGGUUUGUUAUAAAAAGCUUUGUUUUGAAUAUUGGAAUAUAUAAGUAGAAAAUAACAAGCCUCUUUAGGAUGUAAAAGAAGCAUAUAAAGAUAAAAAUAACAACAUUAAAGGAAAGAUUUCGGUACAUGUUAAAUAAAAACAGAAUGAAAUCAAUAGAUAGCAUGCUGCUAAAGAAAAAGAGACAACCAGGAAUACCAGUUUGCUUUAUAAAAAUGAAGCAGGUGUGAUGUCAUUUUGCAGCAACUAUCGCCUCCAGAUAAGCUGUAGAAGAAAUAAUCGUUAAAGCAUCAGGAAAGUUUUGGAACACAGUUCACUCGGUCAUAAAAUAUUGCCUGGUGAUAUUAUAGCUACAGUGAUUACAGUGAUUAUGUACCGUUACUAUUUUUCGAAACAUGAAAUAGUAAAACGCUAUUUAGAAAUCAAGGCCUAAUGUUUAUAGUAUUUUUUGGUAAUUUGUUUUGAUGAUUAUAUAUCCAAUGCUUCAAUACUUUUCUAACGUUUCCCCGUUAAUCAAAAUAUGUCCUGAUAUGAUCAAACACUUAUCAUUAUUUUACAACCAUUUUGAGAUUGCCGAGGAUGCUUGCUUUGAAGUAUUAUAUUUCAGUCCAAUUAACACCCAAUUUAAGGCGGGGUUACAGACAAACGGACACUCAGUGAUCAUUUAUAAAGUCCUAACUAUUUAUGCCGGCUCGUUUAGGAUUAUAUUGUGAAUUCAAAUUAGUAACAAUGCCAAGAAUCAAUAUUGUACCUCACAAAUAUAUUGAAGUCUUUGAAAAAUAUACAUUUUGUACUAUGCUCUUCCUUGAGUAAAAUAAUUUAACAACAGAAAUUUAUUGAAACCUAUAAAAUUCUCACUGAAAAUGUUUUAUUUGAAUAAAAGAAUGAAUUAACUAUGUAUGGGAAGGUGCGUUCUAUUUUACAGGUCAAAGAAAAUUGGUCCUUCCUUAAAAAACUGAUAUAUUCAUAUUGUGCUGA